UCUCCUGUCAAUUGAUAUUCACAUUCUUCCGCAUGUCUUCUGGCGCGAGUGUUUGGAGUUGCGACUCAUGCUAGCAGUCUGGAGAUUGAAGCGUGGUAAACAAAUGAGUAGAAAGAAGUGUUCUGCUGAGGUGCUCCAUUCUGACAAAUGGCCAGUUCGACACACGUGUGUGAGUGCUUUCCAGUGUGCGAAGGGCGGUCAGCUGGAAGACUUCUUCCAGUCCCAGUCCAAGGGAUUCCCGGUGCCGUGCACUGGAUUUGACGUGGCUGGUGAUGAGUGCGGCAAGGGAUGCCCCCACUCCAAGGGCGCUUGCCUGGUGACAGAAGAGAUGUUCUUGGGAAAGUGCUUCAAGAAAUGCAGUGAUCUCACGGCAAAGCAGUACCCCGUCCGAACUUCGGCAGCCACUUGCUGCGCCACGUCGAACUUGAUCGAGUGCAUCAAUCCUAGCAACUCCAAGAUGAGCAUGGACUUUGCAGUCGGAGGUGGAGUCAGCGAGAAGGAGCAGCAGCCCCACGACCCGGAGCUGUCGCUUACCGUCGGAGACCUCAGGCCGGUCGAUGGGGAUUCGUCAGUUUUUGACGAAAGGCAUCGUCCCUACUCGUAGUGCACGCGACACUGCGUGUCACCCGUCGCUGCGCGUGGCAUGUCGUGUCACCCUCGAUGGCUUUCGAAGGCGCGAAGACGCCCACUUUGGUGCAAGAAACGACCAAUUGAGACAGUGAAUGACUAUGGACGGUGGCCACGCAACUCUUCAAAUUUGGAAGAAAGUAUCCCGUGUCCCUUUAGUUUGUCCGUUUGUUGGCCACAGAAAAUUACUUGCAUGAUGUCAGACUGCCACAAAAACAGUGGCAGGUUGUACUUGGUACGUUACCUGAGGUUUCGCGAUCUGCGCAUUUCAAAAGGAUCGUUCAGACAUGAAACACAUGCCAUUUGAUGCCGAAGAUGUUGGUUCCUUGCAGUUGCAACGAAACAUAUCACCUGGUUGCAUUGCCCACACUUCAGAGAGUAGCUUGUGAUGCAGAAUUCAGAUGUGAC